AUGGAUUAUAAGAGGAUGUUGUACCCGGCUGGCAACAGUAGAGAGGGCACGUAUAAGUUCUUUUGCGGUGUGGGUGUGAUGAUGCUUUUGAUUUACGUUUUAAUUGACAACCUGCCAGCGUUGGUGCGCAGGGACGAUGCUGGUGUUGGGCACUAUUCGCAUUAUUUUGGCAAAUCGUUCUAUUCUUCCCACGAUGACGACGAUGAGCCGGAGUAUGUUUAUCCAGGUAGAGUCAAGUACAACUACUACGACGGUCCUAAAGAAGACGCUUGUCUGGUCAUGGUUACUAAAAACGAGGAAUUGUACGACGUUCUGUUGACUGUGAAAAAUGUGGAGGACAGGUUCAACCUGAAGUACAAUUACGAUUGGGUGUUUGUUAACAACAUUCCGUUCUCUGAGGACUUCAAGUUCGUCAUUGGGGAGAUGGUCACCGGCAAAGUUUAUUUCUCGACGAUUCCAAACAAGCACUGGGAUGUUCCUGCUGCUGUCGACAAGAAGAAGGCGUUGGACGCAAGAGUCCAACAGGUGUCUGCACAGGUCUCCAGGGCCGGGCAGCUGAAGUUGAGACAGCUGUGGAGAUACAUGUCUGGCUACUUCCACUGGGACCCUGUCUUUGACCAAUACAAGUACUACUGGAUUAUUGAGCCAGACAUGAAGUUGACCUGCGAUGUCAACUACGACGUGUUCAAGUUCAUGAAGGACAACAACAAGCAGUACGGCUUCUUUCACUCUAGGAAGACGCAGACCGCCGCAGUGAAGUCCCUGUGGCCAGCAGUCACUGAGUUCAUGAGCGCCAAUCCAGAAAUGCUGGCCCAAGACAAUAUGCUAAGAUUCAUCAGUGACGAUGAAGGCAAGUCGUACAACAUGUGUGGCUUCGAAUCGAGCAUCGAGAUCGGCUCUUUCGAAUUCUUCAGGUCGAAGGAGUACCAGGUCCUUUUCCAGAACCUGGACGCCCGAAACGGUUGGUUUUACGAGAGAUGGACCGCCAGUGACUUCAGAGCAGUAGCCGCCUCGUUGCUGUUGAACAAGGAUCAGCUGCACCAUUUCGGUGACUUCGGUUACAACCACAAAUUGAGCAAGUACACUAUGGAAGCUGUGUGUCCGUUGGACAAGCAAAUGAGACUGGAAAACAAAUGUGCAUGCAACGCCUACAACGCCAUGUCAUGGACGUCCAACUCCUGUCUACCUAAAUUCUACGACAUCCAAGAAAGAAUCAAGCCAGACAGAUGGAAAGGUAUGCAAGCUAUUUAG